AUGCCCGAUCACGAUAUCGAGAUGAUAACGAACGAGCAGCUGCACGCGGCACUGCGCAAGGCGCAGAAGCACUUCAUCAUACUCGAUUGCCGCAGCUCGAACGAGUACACCGAGAGCCACAUCCGGACGGCGGUUAACUUCUCGAUACCGUCCAUCAUGCUGCGCCGGUUCGCGGCCGGCAAGAUCGACAUCAAGUCCACGAUCAAGUGCCACGAGCUGCGCGAGCGCAUCCUGUCCUGCUACAAGGAGAGCACGUUCGUGCUGUACAACAACAGCAACGAGCCGGUCGGUUGCGGGGGGGAAGGUGGUGGACCACGCGAGGAGCUGCUGCUGCUGGGCGGUGGCACGACCGGAUGUUCCGGGAUUAUAGCGCCGGCGGCCGGUAACGACACGACGAUUAACGUGCUGCAUCGUAAGCUGAAACAAGAUGGCUGCCGGGUCGUCUGCCUCGAAGGUGGUUACGCAAACUUUCGUCAGUCAUUUCCGGAGUGGUGCGAGGAUGAGGUCAUCAACGCCAACCUGCAAACAGGCUGCGCGGCAACGGAACAACUGAUGGGAUUAAGAUCACUGCGCAUUUCGAUCCCGUUCUCGGAUUCGGCGUGCAGCAGCAGUACCGAGUCGUCAGAUUGCGAGAGCUCCACCAACUAUCAUUCGGAGUCGGUAGUAAGCGUCGAACCGGUCGAGAUACUGCCCGGACUUUUCCUCGGUAACGCAUCGCACAGCGAGGAUCUGAAGUCGCUGAAAAAGUACAACAUCAAAUACAUUCUGAACGUGACACCUGAUCUGCCGAAUGUGUUCGAACGGGACGGUCACAUACGGUACCUGCAGAUACCGAUCACCGACCACUGGUCGCAGGCAGGCGACCUAGCGAACCACUUCCCGGACGCCAUCAAGUUCAUCGAUGAAGCUCGCUCGAAUGGAUGCGGUGUGCUGGUGCACUGUCUGGCCGGUGUGUCACGCUCGGUGACCGUCACGCUUGCCUACCUUAUGUUCGCCAGGACACUCUCACUGAACGACGCCUUUCUGCUGGUGCGCUCGCGCAAGCCGGAUGUCUCACCCAACUUCCACUUCAUGCAGCAGCUGCACAGCUUCGAGCAGCAGCUCAACAUCGAUCCAACGCAGUCGGCUUCCGCCAAGCAGGCGCUCUACUCCGCGUCCUGCUCCUCGGCCGCAUCCUCCUGCUCCUCGUCCUCGGCGGGUGUUGGGGGUGCGUCCUCUUCCGACAACGUUGGUGGAGGUGGUGGUGGAGGAGGAGGAGGAGGAGGAGGAGGCAACUCCGUGUCCACCACGCCAUUCAGCGCCUGCUCUGUGGGCUCGUCCGGAUCCGGGUCGGGUUCGCUGGCCGGUAUGGAACCGGUGGUGCGUCCACACGGCCAUCAUCCGCUGCCACCGAAGCACUCGCUGCAUCAAGUACACUCCCGGCACGCGGUCAAGUACAACUGCACGUGCGUGGAGGUGGAGUGCAAGUGCACCCAAGCCGCCAUCGACCUGCUGGGACCCUUCACCACCGGCAUUUCGCCCGAUUCCGGCAUCGAGUUCGACCGGUGGACACCGAGCAGUAACACGCCGAAAUGA